GCACGCACGCUUUCGCAUCUCUAUGUGGCAGCCCGCAGUGGUAAAAAAAAAUUAAAGAGCAGCUCUUUUACGUAUAGUUUUGCUUGCAUAUGUAUAUAGAAUUGUAUCGUGAGCGCAAAGUUGCAAGAGCUAUUUAACUUGAUAAGUGGUGUUCUUGGACUGCGCGUCCUCUUUUACAUAGCGACGCUUUCACGUAUAUACAAGCCACAAAUAACGCACACGAUUCACAUUCAGUUAGAUCUUACCGUUUGCCUGUGUGUGUUUGUGUGUGUAUAUUAUAUACAUGUAUGUGUGUGUCGGCUUUAAUUCGCACGCACGCACGCCAGCAACAACAAUAUUAUAGUACAGGAAGGCAAAACAAAAAAAAGGAACAACAUGUCAUAUCCACCGCGCGCUCCAAUGCCGCCAUACAUGAAUACAUCAAUACCACCGACGCAUAUGAUGCAGACGAUGGCUAAUCCCCCGCCACGCACUUAUCGCAACUCGGCGACCAUAAGCUCACAGCCUACAGUGUAUCAUAGACCGCCGGAGCCACAGCCGCAGUUUCGUGGUCCCGUCAUUACCGUAUUUGUAGGAAACAUAAGCGAGCGUGUGCCAGAGGCGCUGCUCAAGCGCAUAUUAGCCGCAUGUGGCGUUGUCAUUAACUGGAAACGUGUCUCCACAUUUGGAUUCUGUGAAUUCGAUGGUCCCAUUGCUGCCAUGCGUGCUGUUCGCCUGCUUAGCGAGUUAGAGAUUGAUGGCAAGAAACUGGUGGCCAAGGUGGAUGCCAAGAACAAAGUGCUGAUUGAGGAUUACAAUGAGAAGGAGUGCAAGAACGGCGCCGGUGGACCCAAUGCCAAGGAUGAAAAGACUGAGGAUGAGUAUGCGACUCACCAGAUGCACGAACUGCUCGAGGAGCACAAACAUGAGUUUGACGGCUUUGACAGCAGCCAACGCGGCGAUCUUUAUGGCAGCAGCACUACUACUAACCGCAACAAAAAAGGUCGGGGCAGGGAGGAUGAUCUCAAGAUCAAAUCCUUGAAUGAUAAUGCGCUGGAGGAGGAGAAGCGCAAUCUGAUUAGCAGUGAGAUUGGCAAGUUUCGUAAGCGUGCUGAGGCCGAUGAGCAUCGCAAGGAGCUGGAAAAGGAGAAGGAAAAAGAGAAGCAGCUGGCGAGCAAAGAAAAGGAAAAGGAGCGCGAGGAGCGCAAGAAGCAGCGUGAAGCUGAGCGCAAGAAUAGCAAUAGUAGCAGCGCUGCUGGCGCCGCUAGCGGCAGCGCUGUUAAAACUUCCAACGAAGUGGAAGAGGUUGUGGAAAUCAAUAAUAAGGAGGCUGCCACUGGCAAGGAGCAAAGCGGCCGCACACGCAAAGAAUCAGUGGUCACUGUUGAAGAGUCACCAGUGCGCAAGGACCACAAAGAGCGUGGGGGCGUGGGCAACAGCAGUGGCAGCGGGGGCGGCACCGCCGUGGAUACCAAGGAAAAUAGAAGGAGGCGGUCUAAGUCACGCACCAAGGAACGUGAUCGUGAGCGUGAAAUGUUGCGCGAGCGUGAAAUGCGUGACAUGCGCGAUAAGGAGCGCGAGAGGGAACGUGAGCGAGAACGAGAGCGGGAUAGGGAGCGUGAACGUGAACGGGAACGUGAGCGCAUGGAGAUGCGCGAGCGGGAAAGAGAGCGAGAGAGGGAGCGGGAACGUGAGGAGAAAACAAUAAAACCAGUCCGAGAUGCGCGCCGUGACAAGGAAAUGGAGGAAGAGAUGCGCGACCGUAAAAAGGCCGAGAAGAAGGCGCGCGAAAAGGAGGCAGCCUAUCAGGAGCGUCUCGCCAACUGGGAAAUACGUGAGAAGCGCAAGUCCAAGGAUAACGAAAAGCAUCGUCACAAAGAGAGGCAGCGCCAGGAGGAGCGCGAAGAAGACGCGAAGCGGCUGAAAGAGUUUGUAGAGGACUAUGACGAUGAGCGCGACGAUCCGCAAUUCUACAGAGGACGCGAGCUACAGGUUCGUCUGGCAGAGCGUGUGCGUGAAGCAGAUGCUGAUUCCAAGGAUCGCGAAAAGGAAGCCGACGAGCUAACCGAACUAAAGAACAAAAUCUUUAGCGGCGAAUUCGAAAAUCCCACGCAGGAAUACGAGAAAGCCAAACGGGAAAUUGAGAAACUCUAUGAACCGCGUAUACUCAUCAAUGUCAAUCUGGAGAAAGCCAACGCACGGCGUGAAGAGAACAAGACGGCGGCAGCCACCCAGAAGCAGUCACAAUCGCUGCACCGCGAGCGGCGCAAGCAUCAUCAGCCUGCCAUUGUUAAUGAUGACAGUCAGGACAGCAAUAGUAAAGCGCCGCCUUCGGAAGAUUCGAUAUCAACCAAUGAUGACCGCGCCUCAAUGGGCGACAGUGCCUCCAAUGCCAGCGCUUGUGCGCACACUAACAAUAACAAUAUCAGCAACAAUAAUCAAACUGAUGGCGACAGCGGUAGCAGACAGAAUAGUGAGUCGCGAGAUUCGCUGUCCAACAUAAAUACGCCCACACUGAGUGCCUUGGAGCUGGAGGCGUCCGCUACCUCGGCGGUGGCUACACCGCCCAUGAGCAUGCCGCUCAUCUCGCUAACGCUGGGCAACAAUCUCAAGAAGAAGAAAAUCGAGGCGACCGGUGUCUUUGUCAACGACGAGGAUAAUGAUGAGAAUAUAAAUCCCAAGAAGCGCAAGCUGGUGCCACUGGACUAUGAUGACAACAUUAGCAAUAGCACAAGCGCUGUUGGUGCCACCGCACAAACGGCGGCGGAGCGCCAAAGUUCUGCUGUAUCAGCAGCAACGGCUGCUGCCGCUGCCGUUAGUCAGAAGAUAGCGAAUGCUGGUGGAGCUGCUGGAGCCGCCGCUUCCAGCGGGAAGGGCAAACAUGGCAGCAAUAAACAGCAUAAGAAUGAUGCAGGCGCCGCGGGCGCAACAGAUGCUGCUGCUGCGGCUGCGUCAGCUACGAACAAUAACACCAAAAAGGAUGAGAAUGGUGCCAAGGUGCAUGACGAGAAGCGUCGCCAUAUAAAGAGCAUUAUUGAUCGAAUACCCACGGCGAAGGAGGAGCUAUUCAAUUAUAAGCUCGAUCGCAAUGAGAUCGAUAGCGGUCUCAUGGAGCGCAAAAUACGUCCAUGGAUCAAUAAGAAGAUUAUUGAAUACAUUGGUGAGCCGGAGCCCACGUUAGUCGAUUUCAUAUGCUCCAAGGUGCUGGCUGGCAGUCCGCCCCAGAGCAUACUGGAUGAUGUGCAAAUGGUGCUGGAUGAAGAGGCUGAGGUGUUUGUGGUAAAAAUGUGGCGACUGCUGAUCUAUGAGCUGGAUGCCAAGAAGAGCGGCAUUGCCGUCAAGUAGUUGGCGGAGUGGCCAAGCGACCAAGAGGCCAAAUGUGUCUUGGCCUUGCUGUAAUUUAAGUUACAUUUACACACACACACACACACACAGACAUCAAUUUGCCUGAACAACAAUUUCAAAAGCUGAAAUCAAAAACUGAAACAGCAAAGAGGCGGCAAGUAUAAGAGAGUGAAUGAGAGAGAGAGAGAGCAAGAGAGAGAGAGCAAGAGAGAGAGAGAGAGAGAGAGAAGAGGAGAGCUCAGCAACUUGGGCAUCGGGACUGAUUGUAGUUGCCAGGAGCACAGAUUCGUGCAAAAGCGUGUACAUAUUUCAUUGGGCGUGCGCUUGGAAUUGGGAUUGCAAUUGGAGUGCUUUCGGCUUGGCUUUUGUCUCAUAUGCAAGUAUAGUUUUUUGUUCAACUUGUAUUUUUCUUUAGCGAUAAUUACAACAAAUUCAUCGAUAAUGUAAAUACACAAUCAAAAUCACAACAACAAUACCACUUAGAUAACAAACAAAGAAAGAAAGAAAGAAACAAACAAUCAUAAGGAGAACAUCAGCAAUAAAACCAUAAGCAAAUAAUUAUUCAUGCUGCUCUGCUGUGUACAUUUCAAAUUAAUAAUUUACUCAAUAUCUUUGGUAUACAUAGCUACAAAUGCUUUUUUGUAUUUUUUCUUCAAGCUCAUGACUUGCAAGCAGACAUGUCAUCAUUUAUAGAAUAUGAUUAAAAACAAAAAAAGG